AAACUGGCAACAACGACAAACAAAUUUUUAAAUAACCUGUAAUUUUUGUAUAACCAGUAAUAAGCUGAGUCAAAUUUAUGAGGUCAUACUGUAUACUGUGUCCUACAUCAUUGCCAGUAAAAGAGUCGAAACAUAUGAUAACGCUUAUUGUGUAGUGUAAUGUCUCAAAAUAUACAAAUUAAAAUGAAAUUUCCUUUAUUGUGUUUAUUUUUAAUGAGUUUUGGUUUUACCAGUGCGGCCUUGGAGAAAUAUGGACCUCUCAGCUUCGCGUUAAAGAUGGUUAAAUGUGAGCACAGGAGAGACCUAGAUCUCGAUGUCAGUGGCAUUGACGUAUACUUCUACGACUUUCAAAAUGGCAUCACUGAAACUUUUCCCAUCAACGAAGCUGCCCAAGGAAUCCUAGCCUUAAAAGACCUGGACAAAGUGAAGAAAUUCUUUAUGUUCGUCGGUGGCUUCAAAUCACACAUCAACAAGAAUACAGAAGAACGAGUAAGAAACGCCUUUAAAGAUUUCCCCAACAGCUAUCUGAUCAUUAUCGAUCAUUCAGCCUACACCAACGACAGACAAGGCAAAAAGAAGAGCUACGAACGCUCAGUAAAAUACGUCUACUACAUAGGUAAACAAUUGGCUCAAAUGUUGGUGGGUCUUCACGGAGGAGGAAUUUCACCUAAAACUAUUCACUGCAUUGGCCAUAGCCUUGGCAGCCAAAUGUUGGCCCAUGUUGGUGAAAUCUUCUUUGAAACUACAGGUGAAAAGAUUGCAAGGAUAACAGCGUUAGACCCAGCUGGCCCUUGUUUUUCGAACAGUUUCAUUCAGGAGCAAAUCAGGGCUGGUGUGGCAGAUUAUGUAGAAGUAUACCAUUGUAACGCUGGUGGGUUGGGUACGACCAGCGUACUAGGUGACGUGGAUUUCUUCGUGAAUAAAGGGGCAUCUCAACCAAACUGUGGGACUGCCUUGAUACCAGGCAUAAUAGACUCCUCAUUUUCCGCUAAAUGUAAUCAUAAGACUUGUGUUACAAUGUGGACGGCAUCAGUAAAGAAUCCUGAAGGAUAUACGGCGUAUAAAUGUGACAAAUACAAAUAUUUUAAAGGCGGUAUGUGUUCGCUAAAUGAUAAAGCUGUAGCUGGAUUCUGGAAUCCUGGUAAUGCGACUGGUGUAUAUUACUUCUCCACUGAAGGUUACGAUUUUAGUUAGUUAAUUUUUAACAUAGCU